UUUGGAGAUGUCUUGCAGCAACGAGAUUUGUUAAGGCGGGCCCAUGAUCUUUACCAGUUCCGAUAUGAAGAGCGUCUCUUUCCAAGACAACCGUGGGACUUUCUGCUACAAGGAGAACCAAAGAACCAAGUUUUGCCACCUGCGUAAGACUUGAAAAUGGAGCCUGGCAAAAGCACAGUCGAUAGCGGAGUUAUACUCCCUUCAAGCGCAUACUGACCUCGAGCUUCAAGCCCCAACGUUAGACUCCUUCCGAUGACUGCCUGGCCGCGUAGCUUCUUCAAGCAGCGCUACGGCCUAGUCAUACAACGCUUUUCCCAAUCAAUAGUGCUCACCACAUGCAAUCACGACUCCGUACAGCUUCAGGUAAAGUCACCUCUACGGAUGAGCUUCACCCGCCCAGGCAGUACAUCAUCCUCGACAUCACCAGCUACUGUCGCAUUCACCCCCACUCCUGGAAUGUCCGUUCCUCCGCGCAAGCCUUCCUUCAGCAGGUAGAGUGC